AAGAAAAAGAAGUGAUAAAAAAAAUCAAAGUCUAAUUCACUUUAUUUCUACUAUAAAAAAAUCAAUUUGUAAUAUUAGGAAUACGAAUUCACAGAAUUUUGUGACGUAUCCUCUUUGUCACAAGCAUAUGUAUUUUACAAAUUAUCACAAACCCAAGUUAUUAACUUAUAUAAGUAUAAAUUAAGAUCCGUUUUUGAAUAUCAUGGAACACCUCUUUUUCUUAAGAAUGAACUAAAGGAUUAUCUUUUUGGAGUACAAGGAAUAUCUCAUUCCAAAUUAAAACAUAAGAGCGCUCCCAAUUCUUUAAUGAAUCAAUGGACAAAUUGGUUAAAAGGUCAUUAUCAAUACGAUUUAUCUCAGAAUGGAUGGUCUAGAUUAGUAUCCCACAAAUGGCAAAAUAAAAUGAAUGAACGCCAUGUGGCUCAAAAUAAAGAUUUAACCAAAUAUCAUUCAUAUGAACAAAACGGAUUAAUUCUUUACAAAAAGCACGAAAUAGAUUCAUUAACAAAUCAAAAAAAAAAUGAAAAAACAAUAUGGGUAUGAUCUUUUAUCAUAUAAAUCCCUUAAUUAUGCAGAUAAGAAGGACUCAUAUAUUUAUGGAUAUAGAUCGUCAUUCCAAGCAAAUAAUAACCAAGCGAUUUCUUAUAAUUCCAACACGCGUAAAAAAAAAAAAAUUGGAUAUGAUGGAUGAUAUUCCUCUCAAGAAUUAUAUAGUAGAAGAUUCUAUUCUAGAUAUGGAAAAAAAUUUGGAUAGAAAGUGUUUUGAUUGGAGAAUUCUGAAUUUUUGUCUUACAAAUAAAGUGCAUUUUUGGGGUUCGAUCGAUACCGAUUAUUAUUUUACGCUUCAUGAAGAAAUCAACCCAUCCAAUAAAAAAAAAACCUUUUUGAUUGGAUGGGAAUGAAUGUAGAAAUACUAAAUCGUUGCAUAGCGAAUCGGGAAUUUUUUUUCUUCUCUAAAAUUUUUAUAUUUUAUAAUGCAUAUACGAGUAACCCAUGGAUCAUACCAAUCAAAUUCCUUUUUUUCAAUUUUAAUGUAAAUAAAAAUGAGAAAAACAUCACGGAAAAGAAAAAAAUAGAUAUUUUUAGACGAUGGAAAAAAAAAUAUCUUGAAUUAGAGUUAGAGACUCGAAAUAAAGGAAAAACAGAAUAUGCAGGUCGACUAAAUCUUGAAGCAUCCCCUUCAAAGAAAGAAAAAGAUGUUAAAGAAGAUUAUGCCAGAUCCGACAUAAAAAAGGGUGUAAAAAAAAAUAAAUACACAAACAACAUCGAAGCAGAACUUAAUUGCUUCCUAAGAAGGUAUUUGCUUUUUCAAUUGAACUGGCGUGAUUGCUUAAAUGAAAGAAUAAUGAAUAAUAUCCAAGUAUAUUGUCUCCUGCUUAGACUGAAAAAUAUAAAAGAAAUUGCUAUAGCCUCUAUUCAAAGAGGAGAACUAAGUCUAGAUAUUAUGAAAAUUAAGAAUCAGAAAGAUUUCACUCUUACAGAAUUGAAUAAAAAUACGGAAUUGAUAAAAAAAGGAAUAUUGAGUAUCGAACCGAUUUGUCUGUCUAUAAAAAACCAUGAACAAUUUAAUAUGUAUCAAACCAUAGGCCUUUCGUUGAUUCAUAAGAGAAAGCACCAAAUUAAUCAAAGAUACUGA